AAAAAUGUUGAGGUUAUUUUAACGGAAAAUGUAAACAACAUGCCAAUUAUUUUUGGCCGGUAAAAAACCCUUUUUUUAUUAAAAUACAGUCAGUUAGCGAGUAUUUACUUAUAAAAUAUAAUUCUAUCUGUGUUAGUAGUUAGCCCGCCAAAGAUAAAACUGCCCUAAUAUGGCCGAGUUUACCUUGGGAUAUAGGGAAGUGAUACCAGAUCAAGAGCUGGAGGAUAAAUGGAUUGAUAUAUCUUUGACUACAGGAGGAAUUCAAAGCACCCUACAGGAUAUUAAAGCAACAGAAAAAGCAUCUGGAUACAGCUAUUUAGACUCAACACAGUAUUACACUAGAAACAGAUUUAUUUAUUGGAGAAUAUUUCUGGACUCUCUUGAGUUAGUAGAGCAUAGCUUAGAUGUAAACUUAACAGGCAACAAAGUAAGAUAUAGGUUCAUUGACAGCCCAAUUAUUGAUGGGGUUUCUGUGCAAGAGACUCAUGACAGUGUGGUUAUUUUGGUGCCCACACUUUGUAGUGUGCAUAGACUAAUUUUUCCCCACCCAUCCAGGUUUUAUAAGCAGGAUGAAUUGCUUGGGAUCCACCAAAAUUUGGCUACCCCCUCUAUAUUCUCCAAAGCGAGCAGUUCUGAUGCCAGAAACCCAAACAGUUUUUAUGUUUUUAAUAACCCAACAAUAGCUGUUGAUCAAUUACCCAAUUCAGCAAGUGCAUUUUAUGACGCUGAUUCUGGUCAAUCUAUUUUCGUUCUGUCUUAUCCUAACUCAGAAGCAGUUUUAAUUAACUUAAAUCCAGACGGACAUACAAUAUGCCAGGAGCUUAAGGGAGAAACCCUGAUGCCAAGGUUUUUGUCUGGGUUAACUGAAAAAUUCAGGUCUAAAGGUGGUGAUGAACAGCAAGUGGUUGCUACUCUGAUUGAGGUGAUCGAUUAUGAAAUAUACAUAUUGACUCUGACAAGGAAUGGAUUUUUGAAAUUUUGGAAUAGUAAAAAUGCCCAAUGUGACGCAGCCAUUGACAUUUUAACAGAACCUGGGAAGUUUGAAAAUCACAGAAUUCAAAAUGCUGCACUGAGAAAAUGCAUCGGGAGCCCCGAAAGUGAUGGUCGUUUGGCUCUGUUUAUAAGUUUUUCAGUUGGUUCUCAGUUUCUUAUCAUAAAUCCUGUUGUUAGUGAUAACCGGCAGAUCCAAAUUGAAACUUUGCACUCCUUAAUGUGCAUCGAGACAGACCUAAUAGAUUUCUGCCUGCAACCAGAGCAAAUUUGGAUGGCUUGGAGGGAAAGCGAAGACGAUUGCGUGAUACAGACAAUGUCACUGCAAACGAGAAUUUGGACGCCAGUCGUAAAAGCGGUUAUCAACGACACCCAACUAAACAGAGGCAAUUUACAGUGUGACCCCAGGGAAGUUUAUCUGCAACAUUUGUUCCAUCCGGGCAGAUUUCCUAUGCAUAUCAUCAAUAAAUCUUUGGGAAUUUACAGAAAGUCCAGUAUGAUGGGCACGGAGAUUAAUUUAACAUCGGUGGCUGCACUGAAACAAGCGAUUUGUUUAGCCAUCGAGAGCGAUAUUCAGAAUUUCUUUUCUGAAGGAGAAGUGACUGAUGAAGAGUAUUUAGAGUAUGCAGAAUGGUGCUGGAGAAAGUUUUACUCCUGUUGUAUUCAGUAUCAUCAAGUCAGUUUGAGACCGCUAGGGUUUAUGCUGUUGCCCCAAAGUUGCGGCGCUAUACUGUUAAAGAAGGGGACUUUUUCGUUUUUGAGACCCAUGGAGUCUUUGGAAAAUAUGGCUUUGUGUAGUGAUUUCAUUAAAAAGAAUCAAUUUACUAACGUAGCUCCUUUGGAGGAAGAAGAAAAAUUGUUAUAUGACCUCCUGGUGCUGUUCGAAACCUUGGCCUACAUCGACAAAGACCUAAACAACACCUUUAAAACCGCAUUCGAGACCCAAGUUGGACUUACCUUGGAACCUGACACGGUUAUUCUCGACUUACUGACUAACUUACAGUCAGAAAUGAAACAAGAGUACGAAAACUUAUGCGUACAAAUCUCAUUAAACUUAGACCAAAUGACCGACCCGUAUAAGGCCAUACACCGACUUUUAGAGCUCCUAAGGCAAGACAACGACUCAACCCAACCGGAAAAAGCGGUAAACCCGAACGCUGUUCAUUUAUUCAGUAGCGCCCUGGGAAUUUCGUUUGUGGCAUGUUGUUUAAGGCAACAGUGCCAAAAUCGAUUUUCGAUUUGCAGGAAUCUCUUGAUUCUUUGCAACAUUUUACUAAAAAACCAACGGCUCGAAACCACCGUUUCUGCGGCGAUUCAUUCCGUUUGUAAGCCGGAAAUCAUUUAUCUGGCUCAGGCGAAUUACGUGAUGUUGUGGGUCUCGAAAUUGCCUGCCCUUAAUAAUAUGCCACAGGAAUCAACGUUACAACGUCUAAACCCAAUCAAACUGAGACCGGCCUACAAUAUCCGGGCGCAGGGAAUCCUCUUUUCGCUUUUAGAACUUUUCGUCGCCUCCACCGGGGGUCAGGACGCCCGAAAAAUGUUCUCGAGGGUGCAUUUGAAUUCCGGCGUGUUGGCUCAUUGGCGCCACAGUCUUUUACAAUACACCGCCGCCUUACGUCAUAUACUGUGGCCCCUGAAAACUAGCACAGUUCUACCAGAGUGGCUGGUAAGCAGCGGACAGCACGUGUGGUUGCAGCAAUACGUCCGAUUAAUCGAUGGUAUAUGUUGCGGUUUUAAUAUUUCAAGCUGUAACUUUUUGUUGGCAGUAUCGUUCCUAACCAGUGCGGAGAACUACAAGGCGUUGGACUUGUUUAAGAAGGCCGCGAAGUACGUUUUAAAUGAGCCUUUCUUGCAAAAGUUAAUUAAGGACCAGAAGGGCAAUCAAGCCCAUACAUCAUACUACUUAAAGGUAAUCCAACUAUUCGAGCUGCACAAAGCCAGAGACUGCGCGAUCGAAAUGGCUGACGCCGCUUUAAAAAUCGCUUCGGCCGACAAUCCCUUGGUGCCGACGCUGUACUCCAUCAAAUUCAAACAUCACUUGGCCCUGAGACAUUACAGGAAAGCGUUCUACACCCUGGAAGCGAACCCCGACAUGGAAAGGAAAAAAGAUAACUUGAGGGAUCUGGUUAAAACUUUACUCGACGAGCGAAAGUUCGACGUAUUAUUGUCUUUCACCUAUGCAGAUAUGGACGAACUAUUUACAAAUAUAUUGCUUACGAGGGCAAGGGCCACAGACGCGUUGGACAAUGUCUUUUAUGACUUUCUCUAUGCCUAUCAGAUCAGCAGGGGCCCAUUGUCCUUUAGGUUGGCCGCCUCGGUGAUGUACGAACACGCGUUUCGUUUAUCGCAAUGCGACAGGGUCGAAUCGUUAGAGAAGCAAGUGAAAUGUUUGUUGGCUGCGAAAAAUAUGUUGCAACUUGUCAGUUCACAGUAUGCGUGGGUGGUUCGUCCCUCAGACCCGGACGAAGACGAGAUAGAAGUGACCCUGGAAUCGGCGGCCGGUUCCCAAAAAGACAGCGAAAUUUUCCGCAUUAAAAAGCAAGUGGAAGUUGUCACCAUUGACACCAUUAAGAAGGAACUGACUUUUUACAGUGCCAAGCUGAAAUUAGCCCGUUUCGAUCCGGGGAUGUCCUCGAACGUUAUUGCUCCAGAUGAACUGGUGACCCUUCUAAACUGUGCCGGUUUAUACAAGACCGCUUUAGAAGUGUGCAGCACUUACGCGGUGUCUUUUGUGCCCGUAUUUGAGUCGCUUACGCUUCGGUGUAUCGCCCUAAGCGAAGACGAGAAUCCGGACGCGUGGAAUUGGUUGGUAGAAAACGAUUUACAAGAUUUGCCGGCGAACCGUGAAAAUGUCUCCACAAUAGUCUGGGAGCUCCUGCAAACGUUCCUGAAAAAAUACGAACAGGCCAACGCGACCCUCCUUCACAAAGCCGUAUGCGAAAAAUUCAUAUCGAUGAGAAUGUACUUGCCGUUCUGGCUAAUCGCUUCCUAUAAAGAAAAAAACCCCGCCGAACUGCUAAGGCUGCUCCAUCGCUCGGGCCGUUUGGAAGAAGCCUUCGAGGUGUCCCACGAGUAUCUUUUAGCGGCCUUAGGUUACGGCAAAGAGUUGUAUGGGUUUAAAAUGCCUUUAGCUCCGAACUCGCAACCGUUUUGCCUGCCUGUCUAUGAAAUUCAGGCUUUGGUGGUCGAGUUACAGAUGCAAAACGAGAGCGAUCUCAAUAAACCGUUCGAAAAGGAAUAUCAAAUCCUGAAUGAACUUUUCCAAAAGUACCUUACGACCGCCUCGAGAAUAUCGAACGAAAAGUGCCAAUUACUGAUGCCUUCUUUCGGUUCCAUUCAAGGUGCAGUAGCCAGUCGCAUGAUAUUUUAAUUAUUAGUUUGUAAUACAAUUUAAAAAAAAAAAUAAAACGUGGAUCAACAAAUAAAACAA